ACAGAUACAUAAAAAUAAAGAAAAGAACACCACUGUUCAUUGUUCCUUUUUGAGCAGCCAUGGAUGUUCUUCUCAUCUUAUGCCUCUCCCUUCCAAUGUUGUAUUCAAUCUAUGUCCUCUCCAAGUUACUCAUUAUCAAUCGAAGAGGGAAAUCAUGUUACAUGCUGGCCUAUGAAUGCUUCAUGCCACCAGAGGACACAAAACUCGACACAGAUUCCUGCACAAGAAUCGUGAUGCGCAACAGAAACCUUGGCUUAGAGGAGUACCGAUUCCUCCUCAAAACCAUCGUCAACUCCGGCAUCGGCGAGAACACUUACUGCCCACGAAUCGUUCUCGACGGCAGAGAAGAAUGCCCCACUCUCAAAGACAUUCACGACGAGAUCGACGAGAUCAUGUUCCAAACCCUCGAUAACCUCUUCAAAAACACCGGAAUCUCUCCCUCCGACGUCGACGUUCUCGUCGUCAACGUCUCCUUGUUCUCCCCCUCGCCUUCCCUCACCUCCAGAAUCGUCAACCGCUACAAGAUGCGAGAGAAUGUUAAGAGCUUCAAUCUCUCUGGAAUGGGGUGCAGUGCGAGCGUGGUUGCGAUUGAUUUAGUGCAACAGAUCUUUAAGUCUUACACCAACUCCAUCUCAAUGCUCUUCACUAACAAACCAAGCAUGAAGAACCGCGCAAUCCUCAAACUCAAGCACAUGCAGAGAACACAGUACGGUGCAGACGACGAAGCUUACAGUUGCUGCAUACAGGUAGAAGACGAGCAAGGCCACUCCGGUUUCCGGUUAACCAAGAGUCUGGUCAAGUCAGCAGCUCAGGCGUUGACCGUUAACCUCCAAGAAAUGGCGCCAAAGAUUCUCCCUCUCUGGGAACGAGUCAGAUUCUUCCUGGUUUGUGUUCGUAAAAGCAUCAAGAAAGGCGAAACCUUGAGAGUCUUCGAGAUUCUUCUCGGAAACAAGAAUAAGACGAAGAAGGGAAGCUUGAUGAACAACGUUCUUGGCGGUGGAGGGUUGAAUUUCAAGGCGGGGAUAGAGCAUUUUUGCGUGCACCCCGGAGGGAGAGCGGUUAUCGACGGCGUUGGGAAAGGAAUGAGGCUGAAUGAGUAUGACCUUGAGCCGGCGAGGAUGGCGCUGCACCGGUGGGGGAACACGUCGGCCGGUGGAUUGUGGUACGUUCUUGGGUACAUGGAAGCGAAGAAGAGGUUGAAGAAGGGAGAUAGAAUAUUGAUGAUAAGUCUUGGUGCUGGUUUCAAGUGUAAUAACUGCGUUUGGGAAGUUAUGAAAGAUUUAUCGGAUCAGAAUGUGUGGAAGGACUCCAUUGAUUCUUAUCCUCCUGCUUCUCUCGCCAACCCUUUCAAGGACAAGUACAAUUGGAUCAACGAUGAGGAUCUUAGCUUUGUUAGGUUCGAUUAUACCAAGUUUUCUUUGGGAUAAACACCAUUAAUUAAUGUCGCUUAAUUAUUGAUUAUUCAAAUAAGUUUCUGUUCAUGUAAAAAUAUAAAUUCGUGUAAAGACGAUCAUUAAGAAUUUAAAGAUGGCACAUGUUAAUCCAUCUAAUGAUUCUUUACUAUUAUUUUUACGUGAAAAAAUAUUUUGAUGUGAGUAGUUUUUUUUUUUACUAAACAUACAGUUUUAUUAUUA